CAAAGUUCGCACGCAUUCGAACGGUCAUUGAGCAUCAAUUCUCUGUAAAUACUAAAUACGAACAACCGCACAGCCAGCGUCGUCCUAUCAGCAAAACAGGUUCUUCCUCAUCAUCGUCUUCUUGCGGGAACAAAUCCCGGAUCGGAAGGCUCAGUUCUUCAAGCAGACAAGAACGGCUCAGCCGAAUUAUGACGACGACGACGAUGAUCAUCUUCAGUGUUGUGAUUUGGUGUGGUAGAAUCGGAAGCCUUUUUUACUAGUGGAACGCACCUCUUAGCAUUGAGGGAAAAUCAACACGGGUGUUCAAUGUGGAGACUACUAAGCUCUCGGCCAACGGCAGCGUGGAAAUGCAUUGCACUGAUCUGGAUCUUCGCUGCGCUAAUUGCGCCUUCGAUGCAGCAAAUUAGUUCAUUCUUCCGUGAUCGGCGAAAAGUGUGCAACUACUACGAAUGGAAGUGUGACAGUGGCCAGUGUAUCGAAUCGCAUCAACUGUGUGACGGUGUGGUGGACUGCAAGGACAAAUCGGACGAAACCUCCAAGGCUUGUGCGUUCAUACGAUGCCCCAGUUACGCCUUCCGUUGCCAGUAUGGGGGCUGCGUGGAUGGAAACGCCAUGUGCAAUGGCAUUAAGGAAUGCGCAGAUAGCUCCGAUGAACAUCUGCAUUGCCCCGGAUACAGCGACGUAUUGUUCUCGUCUGGCAAUUGCUCAAACACCGAGUUCCAAUGCCAAUCCGGGCAGUGCAUCCCUAGUGAUGGCGUCUGCGACGGCCGAUCGGACUGCGACGACGAGUCAGAUGAACAGCAGAAAAUCUGCAGUCUCGUCUUUUGUCCGUCGUUUUCGUUUCGCUGCAGCUACGGAGCAUGCAUCGGUGGUUAUUCGAAGUGCGAUGGCGUCGUGGACUGCAGAGAUGGCUCUGAUGAAGAUGAGCUACUGUGCGGAAAGCCAUUCCCGUCUACAACGCCCAAGGCGGUUAGCUCUACGACUACGACUACAACAACGACUACCAUGGCACCGGUGAUUCGAGGACCUCCAGGAUCCUGUACGGUACCUGCACAACCGUCGAACGGACGAAUUGUUCUGGAUGAGACAGCUCAGGAUGUUCUGAUUGGUAGUGGCGAAUAUAUCGAAAACUUCAACUCGGUUUUCGUGAUAUGUGACGACAAGUUCAACAUUAAAGGGACGGCAAGCAAUAUUUGUCUUGACGGGGAAUGGCUGGAUCCCUUCCCUAUUUGCGAACGUUACUGUUCGGAAGUUCCAAUCAACGGAAUAACCGUUCAGCCGUUCUGUGAAUACCAGCGAAAGCAGAUCACCUGCAAAAGACCGCUUCCGCCAACCACUAGAGUGAGAAUCGAUUGUAAGGUUGGCUACCAGAAACCGUUGGGCCCGAUCAACGAAACUCUCACCUGUGUCGACGGAACCUGGGACAGCUCGGUGUUCCGUUGUGAGCCCAGCUGCGGAACUCCAACGCCCGAUGCCGAAGCAUACAUUAUUGGUGGCCGCAAUGCCACCAUAACUGAGGUCCCAUGGCAUACAGGAAUCUUCCGCAAUUUGGAAGAAGACACCAUCGAAGAUCUGCGCUCGAACGAUUGGCACUACAUCUGCGGUGGUACCAUACUAACGGAACGUUUAGUAGUCUCCGCAGCGCACUGCUUCUGGGACGUAACAUCCUUCCACGAUCUUCGAUCGUUCGUUGUGACAGCCGGCAAGUACCGACGGGAGUUGAACGCAGUCGAGUCACUUCCGGCACAAAUCUUGCGAGUGAGGGAGCUCAUUACGCAGCCACAGUAUCAAGACUUUUCCGGAUACUACAAUCUGGACAUUGCUAUAAUAGUGUUGAGCGAUUUCAUUGUGUUCAAAUCGUACGUAAGGCCGAUAUGCCUGGAGAGGGAUCUGCGGACUGAAAGCGAGAAGCGUAUCAAGCCGAACAGUUUGGGCCGGGUGGCCGGCUGGGGAUUGACCGUUUCCGGAGGAGAGCUGAGCCCCAACUUGAAGGUGGUGGAUAUUCCAACCGUGGACUACUACACGUGUCGAGAUUUUUCCCCGGUGUCGUACCGGCCGUUUUUGACCGGUGAUAAGUUCUGCGCGGGAGAGCCCAAGACAGGCACAAGCGUCUGCCAGGGGGACAGCGGCGGUGGCUUCGCUCUGACCAAGGAAAUAUCCGGAGAGACCGUUUACUUCCUGUACGGUGUCGUCAGCUCGGCACCGCGCUCUGCCAGCGGCAGCUGCGACAACACCAAGUACGUCGCAUUCACCGAAGUUCAGAACUACAUCCCGAUGAUCCUGGACGCCGAAAGUCGAUUCCCUGUGAUAUAAGGUGGAUGGGAAGUGUAAUGGAAAUAAAUGAACUACCUACAUUGAGACACAUA